AGUUAAAAAUAGGUGUCACGGGAGAUGUGUUGUCAGAUACAGCUUGCAUUUGUUGAAUGUAGUUCUGUUCUCGAACUGAAAGCGAUUAACACACUAAGAAAUUAGAAUUUGAAAACACAAUGUUCUUCGCUCGUGGAUUUGUCGACCAUUCAGAUAGCUUUUCCAGUUUUGAUUCCGAUGUGAAUGAUUUUUAUGUUAGUUUUGAAGAAGUAGUUUACAAGACUGCACUCUCAGGUGGUGUUAUAGAUAAAUUUAAAAUCAACUUUAGAAGCAACAAUGGCUACACAGCGUUAAUGCUGGCAGUAGAACGUGAGAACAUCCAAGUUCUGAGAGCUCUACUUGAAGCUGGCGCUGAUGUGAAUGUCAGCAGAUCUUCGUAUGGCAGCUACACAGCUUUGUCUCUUGCUGUUGACAAGGGGCACACAACUGCUGUACGAGAACUGCUUCAACAUGGCGCUUUCCUUUCUUGUGAGAAGGGCAUUGAGGCUUUAGAUAUGGCCAGAGAAAAUAAUUUUUUGGAUGCUGUUGUCAAGGGAGAGGAACUUCUUAUAAGCCAAAAUAUGUACCAUACCACAGAAGAUAAGACAGCUGUGUCUGUUUCUUUUCAACAAAAUCGUCUUGAUUUAGUAAAGGCUUUGAUUAAAGCAGGAAGUUACAUUUCACUAAUGCAUAAAUCGACGUACACAAAAAGGCUCAACAAUAAAUAUUUAUUGGAAUAUUUCUUAGAGGAAGGGAUUGAUGUUAACAUGGUUUUCCAAGAAGAUGAAACUAUGUUAACGAAAGCUGUGACUUACAAAAGUAUUGAAUGUGUCGAUAUUCUCAUUAAAGCAAAAUCUAAUAAAACUUUUGCAAGAAAAAACCAAUGGACGAUACUGCAUAUUGCGGCGUAUGGCCAAAGAAGUAAUAUUAAUUUUGUCACAAAAGAUACGCAGCUACCCGAUAAUAAAGAACUAGUGAAAAUGCUGAUAGAAGCUGGGGCGGUUGUCAAUGCUGAAACAAGCGAUGGUCAAACACCUCUACAUUUUGCUUCCAGAUUUGGGGACAUCGAAUCAAUGAAAUAUCUGAUAGAAGCAGGCGGGUUAGUGAAUGCCUUGGACAAGUGCGGCCAUUCUAUUCUACAUGAAGCGAUUGAAGACAAAAAUAUUGAAAAGCUGGCCUAUCUUGUUAAAGCUGGUGCAAAUGUUAAUGUACCAAACAAAUCUGGAGUCUUGCCGAUUGUGAGCAUUUUAGAGUUUGGGAGUGUUGAGCUACUGAAACAAUUUAUAGUACAAGGAGCAGAUGUUAACGUCUGCGACACUAAAAACAAUUCUUGCUUAGUACUAGCGAUAAGAAAAAGAAACAUAGAAGUUGCCAAAUGGCUGGUACAGAAAGGAGCCAAUGUUAACGUUACUACUGAAAACCAUGUUCCACUUCUGCUGUUGGCAACAGAGUCAGGUGAUGCCGAACUUGUCAAGAACAUUCUUCAGUGUGGAGCUGAUGUGACAAAAACAGACCAAGUUGGAAACACAUGCCUUCAUAUUGCCGUAAUUGCGGGAGGAUUUCAAGAAAACGUACAAGUUUUGUCCGAAGGCCGUGUUAAUGGCUGUUUAGAGAUAAUUGAUAUUUUAAUUAAAGCAGGAUCAGACAUCAACCAGACGAAUGAAAAAUUAGAAUCUCCUUUACACGUCGCCAUCAAAGGAAAAGACUAUAAUUCUGUAAAGAAUUUGGUUCAUUAUAACCCUGUCGUAAGGGUGCUUGAUCAAAACAAAACAACACAAUUUAAUUUAGACAACAAGACAGCAUGUACAAAAAUGAUACACUUGCUUAUAAAUCAAGGAGCAGCAUUGAAUAUUGCAGAUGAGCACGGUAAAACACCCUUACAUUACUGUGUAGAAAAAAUGGAUCUAGACUAUGUGAACAUUCUAAUAGAAGCUGGAGCAGAUGUAAAUAUAACUGAUGAAAAACAAGAAACAGCAUUAAUUUGUGCUGCCAAAAUACUAUUACAAAUACGUUCAAUGGAUAAAGAAAUGAUCGAAGAGGUAAUGAAAAUUUUCCUGACACUAAUUACCGCUGAAGCGCGCGUCAAUGUUUCUGACGUAGCAGGCAACACGGCUCUUCAUUAUGCUGUUCAAAGUAAAAACGUUGACAUGGUACAACGUUUAAUCGAUGCUGGUGCUGAUGUCACAGUGUCAAACAACAGAGGCGAGACUGUACUACACGUUGCAGCGAAAUACCGUUGCAUUAAGAUAACUGACAUUUUGUUGAAUGUGGAGAAGUCUUUUGAAAUAAUUAACGCUAAAGAUUUAUAUACAGAAAAGCCGCCAUUGAAACUAAGGAAUUUUUAUCAUUUUCAAAGCUUUAAAAAGAAACCAACCACGCCAUUAGAGAUUGCUCUGUAUGAACGCAAUACUCAAGAUUACGGUGAAAUAGUUAGACGAUCUCAGCAAAAUCGUGAAAGUUGUGCUCCUGGUGAAACUGCUCUAAUGGUAGCACUAAGAAAUUAUAACGACGAUGUAGCUUGCAAAUUGCUGAGCUAUAAUGCUGAUGUUAAUAUAAAAAACGAAAAAGGUUAUACCGCAUUGCAUAUGGCGGUGCUUGGGUUGAGCCGAAAAGCGCUGCCACUCAUAUUGCAACAAGGAUGUAGUGUGAACGUGCAAGCUGAAAACGGUGACACGCCCUUAAUGUUAGCUGACGAUAAAAGCAUUGUUAAGUUGUUGUGUGACACGGGAGCGGAUGUAAAUCUGAGAAAUUGUGAAGGAAAAUCGGCGCUUCACUACGCAAUUUUCUACGGGAAAAUCAAUCUAGUUCGGCUGUUGGUUGAAGCUGGUGCUGAAAUAAACUCGAACGUCCCGGAACCUUUGCCACAUUUAAUUCUAGCCGUCUGCUUCAAUGAUCAAGACAUGGUUGAGUUUCUUCUCACCGCCGGGGCUGAUGUCAACGCGGUUUCGAGUUGUGGCACCCCUCCAUUAAUCGCAGCUGCCGAAAACAUUGAUAGUACUUUGUACCCAGAAGAACACACACAUUUUACAAUGUUUGAUAUUCUAUUAAGGGGCGGCGCCGACAUCAACAUAACAGAUAAGAACGGGCUGACUGCUUUAAUGUACAUAACUAAACGACAGUGCCUUAACAAAUACCUGGAUUGUUUUCUUAGAUUUGGGGUCAACCUAGAUAUUAAAGACAGAGAAAAGAGAUCGGCUCUUACCUACUGUCUUAUGAUUCAAGACAAAGGAAUUCGAAUUGCUCAAGCAGAAAUGUUACUAAAACGUGGUGCGAAUCCAAUUAUCGACGAGGAAUACCGUCGUCUAUUAAUAGAUUCAAAUACAACAGACGUUUGCAGUCUAUUCCAUACAAUUAAUUUCGGAGCUCUCCUCACAUUCGGCAAGCUAGAAUAUCUACGAAUGUUAGUAUGCAACGGUGUUAUGUUAGAAACAUUCACAUUAAUUGAGCACCCUGAAGGAAAGUUGAUCUUACCCAAUUUGAUGAUAUCACUUCAGCAAGGCAGAACUGAUGUGACUAAAUACAUGAUUGCAACUGGUUACUUGAAUCUACAUCAAAUUCAUCUUUACUUAAAUUGUACUAGUUCCUCUGCUAGUGAACACCGUUCACUGUCAUCCACGGAAACAGAUUUCUUAAAAGACGCCACGUCUGAACCCUGGCCCCUGGUUAAACUAGCCUUCUUAACGGUUUCAACCAUGCUGGGAGAAAGUCCGAAGAGAGAGGAGAGACUCUCGCACAUACAUUUACCACCUAAACUUAAGCAACUCUUGAUGUUCCAAAAUCCAUUUUCUCGACUUCCGGUCAGCGAAUGGUCGAAGAUACCACUGUGCUUUGAUCCAGUUGUUUAUGAAACCUUGCCGAGACCGAGACCGUUGCUUUAUUACUGGCCAUGUGGUCAAGAUCUUUAA